AUGUUCUUUGCAUUAUUCUCGCUGAUUGAGUUCUUUGUUUUUAUUCUCAACGGAUUUGCCAUCGUCAACAGGGAGCGUGUCUUAAAUAAGGUAUUUAUCAAUUUAUCGUAUUGACCUCUUGUUGUUUUAGUAUCUAAAAUCCCGCGAGCAUUCAUUUGACAGUCAGAGUCAAGACUCCGCGGUGUUUCGGCUGGUCCAGUUGAUUAUUUCCAUUCAAACAGUUCUUCGAGGUAAGAUUUCUUUAUUUCAGACUUCUAAAAUAAAAAUUAAUUUUAGUUCCGUUAAUCUUCUUGAAUUCACUUAUUAUUGUUGUGAGACUUGUGGUUGGGUAAAGAGAUGGCAGAUGCUACGUUCAACGAAGUCACUGGUCUCGAAUACAAUACUUUAAAAGUUCCAUAUGAAUUGCUCAACAAAAAAUUUCGAGCUGCGCAGAAGACGAUAGAUCAACAAGUGUUUCAGUCUAAACGAAGUAAAAAUGCGCUUACCGAUCUACUAAAAAAAUCAGAUAGGUCCAUUGAUGUUGAGCCUGUAAGCUUAUUCAUGUGAGCUAAAUUAAUAAACAAUUUAUUUAAGGUUCGGGUAGAGUUCUCUCAAGUUACUGAUCGGCUUCGCAAGUUUUUAAAAUCAUUUGACGAGAUUGUGAGCGAAGAAGAAAAUGCAGCUCAGACUUUUGGGAGUAGAACAAAAUACCUUAAACAGGUGCGUGGUAAAUAAUUUUUUAAUGUUUUAACCAUUUAGGGCUUCUCUUCUGAUCCUGCAAUAUCAUCGGCAUUUCGGAAGCAACGGACCAACAGAUUUAUCAUCGAUUAUUUCCUCAGAGCCGGCUAUUUUGAGACGGCCCAAAAAUUGGCGGAAUAUGUGGGGAUCGACAAUAUCGACCGGAAUGUCUUUCAUGUUGCCAAGCAAGUCGAAGAUGGCCUGCAGAGACACGAUCUCUCGAUUUGUUUGAAUUGGGUGUUGGACAAUCGCUCGAAGUUGCAUCGUUUACACUCCAAUUUCGAGACGGAAGUUCGAGUCCAGCAAUUGAUUGAAUUGAUAAAAAACGGCCAGAGACAGGAGAGUAUCAACUUCAUCCGAGCGACUUUUGGAGGGCCAGACAAAUGGACCAACGAGACCUUACUGCAAGUUAUGGGUCUAUUAGCAUUCGGACCUGCCACUGGUGUUAGUUCCUAUCAGAAGCUUGUGAUAUCUGAGAGAUGGGAACAGAUUCUGGAUAUGUUCAGAGAAGAAAACGCCAAGAUCUUCCGACUGUCUCCUCAAUCGGCCUUCAGCGUAUGUCUCCAAGUAGGAUUGGCUGCGUAUAAAACGCCUUUCUGCAAGAAUAACCCGGAUUCCCGAUGUAUAAUAUGCCGAGAUUUGUAUGACUUGGCUUAUGGGCUGCCCUUCUCGAAUGUGAAGAACUCUCGUUUGAUUUGCGCUUACAGUGGUGAGUCAUUGGACGACGAAAACAAUCGCCCCGUCAUGCUUCCCAACGGCCAAGUAUAUGGCGAGAGAGCGAUCAAUCAGCUCGUCCGAGACAAUGUAAUUAUGUGUCCCAAGUCAAGUGAAUUCUUCCCUGCAGACAAGCUGCAGCGUGUGUAUGUUUUAUAA